AUGGUAAAAACGGGGCCUGCCCUCACCACGACUGUCCGUUCUGGUCCCUUCCCCCACGCCGAGUGCGAGGCACGCACGAUGGAGGACGAGCUCGAGCUGCUCGGCGCGAUGUUCAGCAGCGACGAGGACGAGCUUGUCGUCGAGCGGCCGACGGGUGGCGGCGCGACGAUCUCCGUCCGCUUGCGCCCGUCAAGCGGCGGCGAGCAGCGGAGGAGGCUCAUGGAGGCGACGCUUGCGCUUGAGCUAUCGCAGGCGUACCCCGAGUCCGCGGCGGUGUGUCGCCUCUCGCGCUCCCGCGGCAUGGUCGGCGACGAAGAGGCAGCGCUCCUCGCCGCUCUCACCGCGCUCGCCGCGGAGGCGGCGUCGAGCGGCGAGCCGUGUGUGUAUGCGCUUGUCGAGGCGGCGAUCGAGAAGCUCACCGAGCUGAACGCCGGGGGAGACUGCCCAAUCUGCCGCGACGACCUAGGCCACGAGUAG